AGGCGCUCAGCGCUGAGGCCUGCCGGAAGCCAAGAUGGCGUAUAGGUAAUCGGCAGGCCGCAGUUGGCGCUUUGUCAGUAUUUGAGCUGGUAGUUUGUAAGCGGCUGUGGCGAACGCCAUCUCCGCCGUCAUGGCCAGGCAUCGGAAUGUCCGAGGCUAUAACUACGAUGAAGAUUUUGAAGAUGAUGAUCUCUAUGGCCAGUCUGUAGAGGAUGAUUAUUGUAUUUCACCAUCAACAGCUGCUCAGUUUAUUUACUCACGACGUGACAGACCUUCAGUUGUUGAACCUGUAGAAGAAUAUGAUUAUGAAGAUUUGAAAGAGUCCUCCAAUUCUCUUUUGAACCAUCAGCUAAGCGGAAUUGAUCAAGCUCGUCUUUUUUCAUGCCUUGAUCACAUGAGAGAGGUACUUGGAGAUGCUGUGCCAGAUGACAUACUGAUUGAAGCAGUUCUGAAGAACAAGUUUGAUGUGCAGAAGGCUUUGUCAGUGGUUCUGGAGCAAGAUAAAAUGCAGAAUUUGAAGGUCAAGAGUGAGGGAGCAAUAUCUACAGGAAAGAUAGCAAAAGCAUGUAGGUUUACUAUUUUAUCUGAAGCAAAUUAUUUCAUUGUUUGGAUACAUCAUAAUUUGUUUAACGAUUCCCUUAUUGAGGUACAUCUACAGUUUUUUCACCAUUACAGACAGCAUCACGGAAAAUCAAUAGAUUCCCAGUCAUCUCGAAGUGAAUCUGAAAUUGUGCCAAAAGUUGCUAAAAUGACUGUAUCUGGAAAGAAGCAAACUAUGGGAUUUGAAGUGCCUGGAGUAACUGCUGAAGAAAAUGGUCAUAUUUUCCACACACCUCAAAAAGGACAUUCUAGUGAAGAUACCGGCCUUGUUUCUUCUGAUGUACUUGAGACCGCUUCUAAAUCAGCCCUUCCAUCCCACACCAUUCAAGCAUCAGAAGAGCAGAGUUCAACACCGACACCAGUGAAAAAGUCUAGCAAGCUGAGGCAACAAAUAGAUAUCAAAGCGGAGCUGGAAAAGCGGCAAGGAGGGAAGCAACUCCUCAACCUAGUGGUCAUUGGUCAUGUUGAUGCUGGGAAAAGUACUCUGAUGGGCCAUUUGCUUUAUCUUCUGGGUAAUGUAAACAAAAGAACUAUGCAUAAGUAUGAACAAGAGUCUAAAAAGGCUGGCAAAUCUUCGUUUGCAUAUGCAUGGGUCUUGGAUGAGACUGGCGAAGAAAGGGAAAGGGGAGUAACAAUGGAUGUUGGUAUGACAAAGUUUGAGACCAAAACCAAAGUUAUUAUAUUAAUGGAUGCUCCAGGCCAUAAGGAUUUCAUUCCAAAUAUGAUUACAGGAGCAGCCCAGGCAGAUGUAGCAGUUUUAGUUGUAGAUGCCAGCAGGGGAGAGUUUGAAGCUGGAUUUGAGACUGGGGGACAAACACGAGAACAUGGCCUCUUGGUUCGUUCUCUGGGAGUGACCCAGCUUGCAGUUGCAGUCAAUAAAAUGGAUCAGGUUAAUUGGCAACAAGAAAGGUUUCAAGAGAUUACUGGAAAACUUGGGCACUUUCUUAAGCAAGCAGGUUUUAAGGAAAGUGAUGUAGCUUUUAUCCCUACAAGUGGUCUCAGUGGUGAAAAUCUAAUCACAAGAUCUCAGUCAAGUGAACUUACAAAAUGGUAUAAAGGACUAUGUUUAUUAGAACAAAUUGAUUCCUUCAAGCCUCCUCAAAGAUCUGUUGACAAGCCUUUCAGAUUAUGUGUAUCUGAUGUUUUCAAAGAUCAAGGAUCUGGAUUUUGUGUAACUGGUAAAAUUGAAGCUGGUUAUAUCCAAACUGGUGACCGACUACUAGCAAUGCCUCCUAAUGAAACUUGUACUGCAAAAGGAAUCACUCUGCAUGAUGAACCUGUCGACUGGGCGGCAGCAGGCGAUCAUGUUAGUCUUACGUUGGUUGGGAUGGAUGUCAUCAAAAUCAAUGUUGGCUGCAUAUUUUGUGGCCCCAAAGAACCCAUUAAGGUUUGCACUCGUUUCAGAGCCCGAAUCCUCAUCUUUAAUAUUGAAAUUCCUAUCACUAAAGGAUUUCCUGUGCUGUUACACUACCAAACCGUCAGUGAACCUGCCGUGGUUAAACGAUUGAUUAGCGUCUUAAACAAAAGCACUGGUGAAGUCACAAAGAAAAAGCCUAAAUUGUUGACCAAAGGCCAGAAUGCAUUGGUGGAGCUACAGACACAAAGACCAGUGGCUCUUGAGCUGUACAAAGACUUUAAAGAGCUGGGGAGAUUCAUGCUGCGCUACAGUGGUUCUACCAUAGCUGCUGGUGUAGUCACCGAGAUAAAAGGCUGAUGGGUCAGAAUUUCUACCAUGUUUCUAAAGACAGUGAGAUAGUUAACCUCCAUGUUUUGAAAGAAUCCAGUUAUUCAGUUAAAGCAACAAUGUGCAAUUGAUAUUUUUUUAAAUGAGAAAAUUCAAGCUAUAAUCAGCUGCAAAGAAGUAUUAUUCACCACUCCUACAAAAAUUUUAAGUUGCCAACUGGCAAAGAAAGGCUAAUAUUGCACUUUCAUUUAAAAAACUAGCUUUUCCUUUGAAAUGUUACUAAUGGAUUUACCUUUCUGAGACUUACGGAAGUUAUCAGAAAUAUGUGUUAGAAGACAUUGAAUCAUCAUGACGUGAACUCUACUUCCAGCCAAACCACCAAAUGUUUUCAGUUUUCUCUUUUGAUUUCAACUUACAACACACAUUUUUAAGGAAGAAUAACUAAAAUGGGUUAUUGAGGUAGUUAAUAUUUGACAUGAGCAGUUUUUUAGUUAACUGUAAGAAAAGAUUUGUUGAAGGUUAAUAAAGGUAUUUUGUGUUGAGCAGUGAGUGUUCUUCCUUCAACAAACAACCAUUUGGAACUGCUUAGUUUGCAGUUAUUGGAAAUUGUUCCUUUGGUAACCAAGAUAUUAUUUAAGGUGUAAAGCCAGCUAAUAAAAUGCCUUAGUUUGAGCAUAA